AUGGCAGCACCCAAGAACGAGCCCUUGUCGGGCUCCAGAAAAGACGCAAGCGGAAUUCGAUUCAUACCUCUCACUUACAACCAAGCCGAAUCACAAACAUCUGCUCUUCGACUUAUCCUCACCCUCCGACCAGAAUGGGAGAAUGGCAAGGUCGAGUUUGUUCGGUUCACCGACGGGAUCACGAACACCUUAUUGAAGGUCGUGAAUAGGGCACCUGGAUUAUCGGAUGAAGAAAUAGACAACGAGGCAGUCCUUCUACGAGCUUAUGGACAGGGUACGGAUUUGAUCAUCGAUCGAGAGCGGGAAACGCAAAACCACGAGUUACUCACAAGGUACAACCUUGCACCAUCCCUACUUGCUCGAUUUCAUAAUGGCAUGCUAUACCGGUUCAUAAAGGGUGCCGUCACGUCUCCAGCAGAUCUUAGGAGAGAGGAGAUCUGGCGUGCGGUUGCUAACCGGUUAGCUGAAUGGCAUGCUGUGGUUCCGUGCCUGCCUACUCAUCGAGAGCCGCUGGCUGUGGAGAUAGACGGCAGCGAGCAAUUCGGAAUAUCAGCACCGACGCCAAGCAAGAAGGAUCCGGCAUUGCAAACAGCUAUUGACACUGUGGCUCCAGAAAAACCUGCCCCAAAUGUCUGGACGGUGAUGCAGAAAUGGAUUUAUGCCCUUCCAAUUGGAUCCGAACCUGAGAUGGCACGACAAGCAACCUUGCAGAAAGAGUUGACCCGUCUCGUUGCGGAGUUCAGCAACAGGCCGGGUCUCGGUGAUAAUAGCCUUGUCUUUGCACACUGUGACUUACUUAGUGGAAAUGUAAUCGUUCAGCCACAGUCAAGUGAGACGAUAACGCCCAAAGCACCUCUGAAAGUCAGCUUCAUUGACUACGAAUACGCUACACCAUCACCUGCAGCCUUCGAUCUUGCGAACCACUUUGCAGAAUGGGGUGGAUUCGAUUGCGAGCAUCAUCUCCUCCCAACGCAACCUCAAAGACUAGAUUUCAUUCGUGAAUACAUACGAAGCUAUUUCAAGCAUCUGGGUAUUGACAAAUCAGCAGCAGAGGAGGAAGCCGAGACUCAUCGUCUGUUCGCCGAAGUCGACGUCUUUCGAGGGAUCCCGGGAUUCUACUGGGGAAUCUGGGCCUUAAUUCAGGCCCAAAUAUCCCAGAUCGAUUUUGAUUAUGCUUCUUAUGCGGAACUCAGGCUGGGUGAGUACUGGGGAUGGCGAGCAGAAGAAGACGGAAGUCGGGCGGCGUCAGGAAAGGGCAUGACAGUUCGAGAGAAACGAUGGGCUCAGGAAUCAUGA